UACUUCUUCUAUGCUCGUUAUUAUAACCUAUAUUUUGUUGAAUUUUCUACAUACAAGAAUUAUCUUAUUUAAACUAGAAAAUAAAUUGCAGGAUACAUUGAAAAUAUCAUAUUACUUUUAUGAAUCGUUUUAAUAAUUAGGAAAUAUGUUCAAGUUACCUGGAAAACUAAACAAAUGUUUGGGUGCUCCCAUAGCUAGAUAUCUUUCAGAAUCUGCUGUUGCUACUGAAAAAGAAAUAGAAUUCAAACCACUCAAUUUGAGACAGACUAAAGGACCUGUAAUAACCAGACGUACUCCUAGAAAAAUUAUGGUAGCACCUCCAAGGACUGAGCAAAUGGCUGUUGAUCAAGAUUGGGGAAAUGUUUGGCCAGGUCCAAAAACUUUCCAUCCAGCUUCAGUACCUCUUCCAAUACGUCAAGGUUAUGCUGAAAAAAUGACAAUCCCUGGUAAAUAUGGAAAUGCAGAAUUGAUGAAGAUUCCCAACUUUCUUCAUCUGACUCCUCCUGUUAUAAAAAGACAAUGUGAAGCAUUAAAACAAUUUUGUACGCCUUGGCCAAAAGCUCUUGAUACAGAUGAAAAAUGUGAGAAACAUUUUCCUUUGGAAAUUGCUUCAAGCAGUUAUUGUCAUUCUUCACCUUCAAUCAGGGAUCCACUGUCAAGAAUAGUGACUGUAAAAUUAAGAGUAUCAGCACUAAAAUUAGAUGAACAUGCUAGAGACAAAUUUUUGAGGCUUGUAGGUGAUAGAUAUGAUGAAAAAACUGAUAUUCUAACUCUCGUCACAGACAGAUGCCCUUUAAAAAAACAAAAUUAUGAGUAUGCUAUGUAUUUAAUUACUGCAUUAUAUCAUGAGUCAAUGAAUGUGGAAGAAUGGGAAAAACUUAAAUCAGAAGCUGAUAUGGAAUUUUAUGAUUGGAAUGCCUCUAAGUCUAAGAGUAAUGUUGAAAAGAUAUUUGGUCAGAAAUCUGAAUCUAUUGAAAAUAUUGAUUCUUAUUCUGAUGCUGUUGAUAAGUUAAUGAAUGAUGGUGAAAAUGAAUACAAUCUAACAAGGUACAGGGAAUCAGUGAAAAAAUUGUUGAAUGUACCAGAUAUAUCGUAACAAGAAAACUAAAAUUGGUAAAAAUAAAUUCUACCAGAACAAGAAAAACGAAGUGUGUAAAUGAAUAGAUUGAAAAAUUAUUUCUUUCAAAUAUGUAAUUAUAAAUGAAAAAUCACUAUGUAAUUCAUGUAACAUCUUGAACUAAAGUAAAGUGAUGGUUUCACAAAUAA